AUGACGUCUUUUUUAAAAGAAUCAAACAAUAAAAACAGUGAGGAGAAAAAUGUUCUUGAAGACUACUUCAACAAAGAUUUCAAAAACAGCAACUUUUAUAAAUUUAUGGCAAAUUUCCAAGAAUCGAGUUCUAUUAAGUUUAACGAAACCGAAAUUUUUAAAUAUUUCAACAAUGAUUUUGAAAAGAGCAAAUUUUAUAAAUAUUUAGAGAGUCUGAAAGAUACUAAAAAUUUUACAGAUUUUAAGAAAAAUAUGUACGACUAUUUCAAUAACGACUUUAAAAACAGUGGAUUUGUAAAAUAUUUAGAGGAUUUAAAAAAUUAUAAAAUCUCUUUAAAUGAAGAUUUUUCAAAAAGUAAUAUGUUUAAUUAUUUCAAUAAAGAUUUUGAAAAGAGCAAAUUUUAUCAAUACCUCGAAAACUUAAGAAAACCUGUUCCUCCGCUAUUUCAAAAUAUCCCUGAAUUUGAAAAAUUGGUUGAUUCAGAAAAAACUGAAGAUAAAAAAGUUGUAGUAUCCAUUACUAUAAAUACUAUUUUUAUAAUAUGCAUGUGUUUUUUGCAAGCCAUUUUGAUUUAUAAGAAGUUUUAUAAAAAAAUUGCAAGAACCAGGGAACAAGUAGAAUUAAUUGAAGCUUGA